AUGGAAACUGGAUUUUAUAAAAAACGGUCUUUGGAAGAUAGUAACGAGACAACCACCAGCGAUAAUAUUAAGAAGAAGAUUGCUAAAAUACUAUUAACACAUGAACGUGAAUACACAACAGUGUUGGUUAGUAACCUACCUAAAAGUGUGAAUCAGGGAAAGUUACGGAAGCUUUUUAGUGAUUGUGGUAAAAUUAGACAUGCCGAUAUUGCAGAUUCUUUGGAGAAAAAGUCAAGAUUUGCUAAAAUCGAAUUCUUUUCCUAUGACGAAUGUCUGUCUGCAUUGACAAAAACUAAUAAAUAUGUCGGUCAAAACGAGAUAAAAGUGGAUUACCUGAGAGAUUGUACACUUUGGAUCACUAAUUUCCCACCUUAUUAUGACAUCAAAUAUCUAAAACAAUUAUUUCAUUCCCUUAAUGUUGUCGUAUUGAGUAUUAGAUUACCAUCUAAGAAAUUUAAUUCUAGUAGAAGAUUCGCAUACAUUGAUGUAACUUCAACUGAAGAUGCUAAAAAAUGUGUUGAUGAAUUAAACAAGAAAUGUAUAGAUGGAUAUGAUCUUGUUGUUAAACUAUCUAAUCCCUUGGAACGCAAUAAAAGAACUGAUUCUGCUUCCUUGGAAAGACGUGAAUUAUUUGUAAGGAAUUUAGAUCCCCGCUAUACAACUGAAGAAGAAUUAAGAUCAUACUUUGACCGAUUUGGGGAAAUUGAGUCUAUACAUAUUCCGUCCAGUCAACAGUUGAACAAUGAUGAGGGUAGCAAUAAAAACGACAAUAGAAAUCGUAUAAGGAAUGCUUGUGCAUUCAUUUCAUACAAAACUAAAGAAGACGCCCAAAAAUCAUUACAAUUAAAUAAGACUGAGUGGAAUGGAAGAGUAAUCAGUGUUUCUCUAGCAGACUCCAAACCAUACUUAGAUAGACAAAGAGUAAAAAAAUUAAUGAACAACCAUACAACACAUACCUCAAAAAAUAAUAGGAUAAUGUCAUUGUAUCCUAUUAAUGAUAAAGUAUCAAAAGAACAAAUAAGAAGCUUCCUCUGGGAUCAGAAAUGUAUUGAACAAGAUAGUGACAUUGAAAACAUAUAUUUAGUAACAGAUUAUCAGGGCUGUAUAAUAGAAUUUAAGGAUAUGAAAAAAUGUAAUGAAACUAUCUUGAGAUUGCAAGGGACGAAAUUCUACAACCAAAUGAUACACUGUGGAACUAUUGCUAACCUUCGAAACAACAAAUAUAAAAACUAUCCAUCAUCAAUAAAAAUUAUAUCUCCCACUGAAAACCAGAACGAUCAGAGCAAUAGAAAAUCCAACGUUAUGAUAAAUAGAGAAAGUCAAUCGAAAUCAAAUAUGUCAAAUGCUGAUUUCAGAAAAAUAUUCUUAGGUAAAUAG